UUUUAAAAAUUAUGAAACUAGAAAUUAUAGUAAAUUUAUUAUUUAUAUUUUUUAAUUAAUAGUGUCUCAAUCAGAAUAAUUUAUUGAAUUUGCUGAAUCAUUCGAAAUGGAAAAUUAUCAGUUAUCAGAUAAUCAAAUUCAAGAGUUGAAAGCUGCCUUUUCCAUGUUAGAUAAGAAUCAAGAUGGUAGAGUUAGCGCUACAGAAAUUAAAUUUAUGCUAGAUAAUUUUGGUAUCUGUCUAACAGAUUCCACAAUACAGCAUCUUAUACAGCAAGCCAGUGGAAAUAAUGACGGACUAAUAGAUGAAUCUGAAUUUCUUGCGUGGAUGGCAUCCCACCAGCAAGCAUUGAUGGACGAUGAGACCGAAGACCUCCUCGCAGCUUUUAGGGUGUUUGACAGAGACAGAAAUGGAUAUAUCACACGGGACGAAUUAAAAGUGGCAAUGGAUCUUAUCGGUGAGCCAAUGUCUGAACAACAGCUUGACGACUUAUUGGAAUUGAUUGACGUAGAUAAUGAUGGAAGAAUUAAUUAUGAAGAAUUUGUCAAAAUGCUCUUAUAAAAAUAAUUCUACAACAAAUUUUUGGAAGGAACUAAAAGCAAAUAGUUACUAUCAUUUGUUUUGGGUGCUUGUAUUGAUGGAAUAUAUAUAAAUUAUAAAAAAUUUUCUAUAUCUUUGUAUUUGUU